CCUGCGGGGCCAGCAGCAGCAGCCAGACAUUCAGGUCCUCCUCACUCACCGCGGGACGUCUCUACAAUAACGGAUGACUGCUGUGGCUUUGAGAGGACCCGACAGAGACACACUGGCUGCCGAGUCGUAUUCAGAGACGCUAUUUCUGCGGUCUGAGGUCAGAGAACACAAAGCUGCUGCAGCCUUUUCCAACUUCACAACCUUAAAGGAAGUUGCAAGCUCGCGCGCAUCGAAGUUUCACAUUUCAGCGGACGUCUGGCAUUAGUAACGUGUGUGAGGGACUAACAGCCUGUUAGUUAAUGAAAAGCCCUCCUCGGCGUCGUUUCUUUGGUCUGUGCCAUCCAUCUCACCAUGGACAGCCCGCUGAGCGGGGCCAGUAAAGGGGCCCGUGCCCUUCACUCAGAACAGACCUCACCACGUCAUAGAUGCCGCUCGCCGUCUUUGCCCCCUGCAUGAGUAACUGUUGAGGGAACAACAAAGCUUUAAUUCCUCUUAGUCUGAACAAAAGAGCCAUGCAUCCGCUGCUGCCCCUCUGUGUCUUUUGGCUGCCGGCCCUGGCUCGGACGCUGGAAGAAGACUCGCCACUGGACUGUGUCCCCCGUAGAUCUGUGCCCUACCAUAGGGACAAUGGCCACCUGUUUCAUGAGGAGGGAGUGUUCAACUACUCCACCAUGCUGCUGAGAGAAGACCUGGACCUGCUGCUGCUGGGUGCCAGGGAGGCAGUGUAUGCGCUCGACCUCAAGGACAUCUCCAAGAAACUUGGUUCGGUUAAAUGGGAAGUGAGCCAACAGCAAGAAGAUGAGUGUAAAAACAAAGGAAAAGACCCUGAGACUCAGUGCAAGAACUAUAUCAGGAUCCUGCACCAGACGGAGGAUAAUAGGAUGUAUGUGUGUGGAACCAAUGCUUUUGAUCCCGAGUGUGAUUACAUGUCCUACGCAAAUGGAAAGCUGACCCUUGAGAAGAAAGGAGAGGACGGCAAAGGGAAGUGUCCUUUUGAUCCGUUCCAGAGAUAUGCCUCCAUCAUGGUUGAAAACAACCUGUACUCAGCCACUUCAAUGAACUUUCUGGGCUCUCAACCCGUCCUGAUGCGCAGCUCGCCCACCCCCGUACGCACGGAGUUCAAGAGCUCCUGGCUUCAUGAGCCCAGCUUUGUCUCCAUGACUCAGAUGCCAGAGAGUUAUAUGAGUGAGGAGGGAGACGAUGACAAGGUGUACCUGUUCUUCAGUGAGACAGCUGUGGAGUGCGACUGCUACAACAAGCUGGUGGUUUCCCGCGUGGCCCGUGUCUGCAAGGGAGACCUCGGAGGUCAGAGGACCUUGCAGAAGAAAUGGACAUCCUUCCUGAAGGCCAGGAUGGACUGUCCGGUGCUGGAGUCCCAGCUGCCGUACAUCAUCCAGGACACUUACUACUUGUGUAACCCGCAGCAGCACUGGAAGGACUGCUUGUUCUACGCCGUCUUCACACCACAGUCGGGCACGUCGGACCUGUCUGCAGUGUGUGCGUACCGCGUGUCUGACAUCAGCAGAGUGUUUGCAGAGGGGAAGUACAAGACCCCAGUCCCCGUAGAAACCUCUUUUGUUAAGUGGGUGAUGUACAGUGGAGAUGUGCCCGUCCCUCGGCCCGGAUCUUGUAUAGACAAUGCGGCUCGUAAAGCGGGCAUAAAUCAGACCCUGGACCUCCCAGACCGGACCCUUCAAUUUGUCAAAGAUAAGCCCCUCAUGGACCAAGCUAUCCAGCCAAUAGGAGACAAGCCUCUUCUGGUGCGAAGGGGAGCUACAUUCGCACGCAUCAUAGUCAACCAAGUGCAGGCAGCGGAUGGAGAGAAGUACUCCGUGAUGUUCAUCGGCACAGAGGAAGGCACAAUGCUGAAAGCGGUGAACUACGAUGGAGAGAUGUUCAUCAUAGAGGAGGUGCAACUCUUCAAGCCUUUAGAGCCAAUCAAGAUUUUGAAGUUUUCCAACGUCAUGGGUCAGCUCUACGCCGGCUCAGACUACGGAGCAGCACAGAUGCCACUGGCCACCUGUGGGAGGUCCUCAUCCUGUAUGGACUGUGUUCUAGCCAGAGAUCCGUACUGCGGCUGGGACAAAGUUGUUCGGGAAUGUGUUUUCCUUUCUGAUUCACCGAGAGGACUAAUCCAAAGUGUGAAAGAGGGCGAUGCCUCUCUCUGCCCAGAUGCAGACCCCGUGAAGCCGAUGAAUCGGUCCAUCUGGCCUCAGGGAAACCUGAAGCUGCAAUGCCCAUCGCCUUCCAACCUGGCAAAAACCAGUUGGUGGCGGGACGGCAGCCCUCUGACGGCGUCUACUCGCCUUCAGCUUCUACAAGACGGCUCCGCGCUUAUCCUCAACGCCACAGACUCCGACGCUGGUCGGUACAGCUGCCUGUCUGUCGAGCGCCACAAAGCUGACGCGUACUCAACUACUGUGGCCGAGUACCUGGUCAGCGUGGCUCCAGCAGGAUCUGGCAAUCGGAACGGGAUUCUCCCCCAGGCCCAGAUGGAUGGCCCCUCUGUGGCUGGACUGCAGGCCUUAGUCGGGCUCCUUGUAGUUGCUCUUCUUGCCCUUUUGGCUUUGAACUUUUACAAAGGCCACAUUCCGCUGCCCUGGAACUGCACAAAGAAAAAUGCAGAGCGAUCCCAGGAGACCCAUGAGCAGGGUGGUCUGGACUCCUACCAGGAUGCAGUGAGGUGUGCACCGGCAGAUGACAAGGCCCUGGUGUCAGGAGCAAACAACAGCAGUAGUACCAACCACACGGGGAGGGAGGCAGCCUUCAGCGUGGCUGAGGGGAGCGACAGCCCAAAAGUCACUCUCCAGUAUAUUGAUGACGAGUCAGUAAUUUGAAAAUGACGAGCGGGUUCCCAUUCAGCGCCGCAGAAGUUUGAGAAAUGACCCAAACCCUUUGUUUCUGGGCAGAACUAUUGGAUUCAUCAGUUCAUCUGUAACGUUUGCACUGAAUGCUCAAUGAGAGCUUAAAACAUUCUGAGUGGUUGAAACUUCAAGACACUAAAAGAUUCUUGAUUAAUCAAGACAUUUGGAUUUCUGCUUUACUUAAUGUUUUUACAAUUGUGUGUACAUUUAAGUGUUUUAGCUUUCUACUAAUUGUUAAAUCCCAUUAUUGAUUUGAAAUAUCUUCAAUCUAAAUAUAUUUAGAUACAUCUUAGAUUGGUAUGAUAUUCACAGGGAGAUGUAAAAUAGCUGAAAUUGAGCCAUUUCAUUUCUAACCACUAGCUGCCAGGACUUUGUGUUAUUGUAUUAAACCUUUUCUACCUGGUCCUCGAGUUGUUUCAGUGUAUCGAAAUAUUGCCAACAGGGUUUACUAGUUUUCAAACAAGACUGGACUUGCCAAGAAUGUGAAGAACAGAUG